AUGGAGUCGUUGCCAUCGACUGUACUCCAAAUUAUACUUCAACAUCUAUUGUAUGAUGAACAUACAGCUUGCCCAACAAAUAGGUUGGACUUUUGGUGUCUGGCGCUGACUUGCAAGUCUUUGCUGAACUUGGCCAGCAAAAAGUUUGGUGCUCAUCAUCAUGAUCGUGAUAACUCUCUUGCACCAUGUAUACUAUGGGGCGCAGACAAGGCAUUCAAACAUCAAGAUGGUGGUCUACCACACAGCAUCACUCAUCUGGUCUUGGGCGACAAGUACAAUCAACCAAUAAUCAAGGGAGCAUUGCCGCAAUCACUUUUGAUUCUUACCUUUGGCAACGAGUUCAAUCAAAUGAUUGCUCCAGACACACUGCCAGACUCAAUCACUAGACUCACCUUUGGCGUGCAACCGAGCACACCUCCCAACCUUCAGAUCUUGAUCUACGGCAUCAAUGGCUCGUUGUUUAAUCAACCUCUUCAGAGCGGCUCGCUGCCCAGGUCUCUGCGCGACCUGAGUCUUGGUGAUAUGUACAGCCAUGCCAUCUCGCCCGGUCUGCUACCCAACUCAAUGACACGUUUGGCGCUAGGUCGUCACUUUGAUCGCAAGCUUGAUGAUCGCGCACUCCCUCACUCUCUCAUAUCACUGGAGCUUGGACAGAAUUACCACCACGCCGCGUCACUGCCCAGCACCAUCCCAGCACUCGAGUCACUCGUACUUUAUGAAUGCAAUGCUUCCAACAUCCAGAAGCUACCGCCCGUCACCUCACUCAAGAUAUGGCAUGACCUCAGCUCGGCCAUCACACUGCCCGACACGCUCACCUGGCUAACACUGCCGCACAUGUACAACAACCCCAACUUUAGCACGCAACUGGCACACAUACGAUCACUCGCCGUGUUGGAGUUUGGCAACUCCUUCGACCAGCCAAUCAACCCGGGCAGCCUCCCCUCGUCUCUCACCUCCAUCCAUCUCGGCUAUCAAUUCAAUCAUAUGAUCAUUCACGGCACACUCCCCUCAUCGCUCAAGUCGCUCGAGUUUAGCGACCGAUUCAAUCAAUGUAUCGCGCCCGGUGUGUUGCCCAUGUCACUCACCAAGUUGACGAUGGGCUUCCUGUUUGAGCAGACUUUGGAGCCAGGCGCAUUGCCCUCGUCCUUGCUGGAGCUAAGGUUCGGCACGUACUCAAAGUAUCGCCAACCAUUCGUCGCUGGCACCCUUCCGCCAUCGCUCAAACAUCUGUCGCUGGGCUCCAACUACAGCGAACCAAUAGUCAGUGGUGCGCUACCAGACAGCCUUACAUAUCUAAAGCUGAGCUGGCAACGCACAUUCCUUGUGUGUCUGCCUGCGAGCAUCAGGAACUUAUUGGCAGACUCACCCGAACCUGUUGUGAUCAGUGAGAUGGCCAUUGCACAAUCACACAUACAAUGGAUGCUCUCUCAUGUGCCCUCAGUCAUCACAUUCCAGGUCAACAUACAACUAGGACUCUUUGGCAACAUGUCCUUCCAAUAUCUCCUUCGACGAAUCGAUCAAUCACAUGCACUAUGGAUAUCAAGAGCAUGUCCAUCCACACGUCAGAGAUUCAUAAUAUUAAGUGGAUAA